UACAUUAAUAAUUAUUAAAUGUUGGUUACUUUUAUUAACAAUCAAAAGAACAACAACAAACGGGGGAAGAAUUGACUGAACAACUGUUGCUGAUAAUAAACCGUACCGCAGUUUUCAUGCGUAUUUUCACAGUUGAAGGUUAAUACGCCGGCUUAAACGCCCGCCAGUGAUUUCAAGUCUAUUCAAGUUGAAUAAGAAUUCAACGACUAUCUACACAAUAACUAUAACAAAAACAAAUACAACAACAACAGCAACAACAACAACAAAAACUUCAACUGCAAUUUUCCUCUGAACUGCACAUUGCUGCAUUCUAAAAAUUGCUGCGCUGACAAAACUGCAAUUUUAAUGUUGAAACUGUGCUGUAUCGACUUCAAGUGUUGCAAAUAGCCAUAAAAAUAUAAGACAACUCAUAAUCUUCUAGUGCGACACAGUUUACUUUGUAUGCCAAGGACGUACUACUCAAUUUGCGGUGCAACAUUAAGGCUUACGUAUUCUGAUACAAAAUAUCCUUUUUCAUAAACGAUAAACCAUAAACCAUAAACCAGCUGAACGGAUCGCAUAGACAAUAUGUUGUCACAAAUGAGAUGAAUUAUUUACCCGUAGCACCAUUUUCAUGGCUUACGAGCGGCAGCGUUUAGGCGGCGGCUUAUCAACAUGGAUAGAAACUAUGAAGUAACAAUUCAUAAUUUAUGGUUACAAACGCCCAACAAACUGCUUCUAUUGGUGGUCGAAACGUAUAUGCACAUAACCAUCAUUAAAAUACCGCCAUGAAUGAAACGGAGUGUGAGAAUCUCAUCAAUUCAGUACAAUGGACGGAGCCCACGAAUCUGAUCUCAUUAGCCAUACUUGAAUUUAUAAAUGUAUUAGUGAUAGGAGGAAAUUGUUUGGUUAUAGCCGCAGUUUUCUGUUCGAAUAAGUUACGAAGUGUUACAAAUUUUUUUAUAGUUAACUUAGCAGUAGCCGAUUUAUUGGUUGGUUUAGCGGUGCUACCAUUCUCAGCUACAUGGGAAGUAUUUAAGGUUUGGAUCUUUGGUGAUGUCUGGUGUCGCAUAUGGCUCGCUGUCGAUGUUUGGAUGUGCACGGCAUCAAUACUGAACUUGUGCGCCAUCUCGCUUGACAGAUAUGUGGCCGUUACACGUCCUGUCAACUACCCCACCAUAAUGUCAACAAAGAAAGCCAAAUCCUUGAUAGCGGGCAUCUGGGUGCUAUCAUUUGUAAUAUGCUUUCCGCCGCUUGUUGGUUGGAAGGAUCAAAAGCCAUCACAGCCAAUACUUGCUACAUAUACACAGGGAAACAAUACGCUUUAUUAUGCUGUUACAACUACUAAAACAACAACAAGCACAGCAACAAAUAAUGUACAGCAGCAACAACAGAAAUACUUACAAUCUACAACCAUAACAGCAGCAGCGGCAGCAGCAGCAGCACCAGCAUUUAAUCCAUAUAAUCCCUAUGAUCCCGCAUUUUCGUCUUUAGAAAACGAAAGCAUAGCUGCAGCGACCAUUGCAGCCAUAAAUUCCACAACAAACCCAGCAACUGUAAAUGCUGACUCAACCGCACAAACUGAUUUUGACAAUGGUGAUGACAUGAGAAGCACUAUUACCUAUAAAACAUAUUCACCACCGCCGCCAUGCCCUUGGAAAUGUGAACUAACAAAUGAUCGUGGUUAUGUGGUCUACUCUGCACUCGGCUCCUUUUACAUACCGAUGUUUGUGAUGCUCUACUUCUACUGGCGCAUUUACAGAGCCGCUGUGAGGACUACCCGCGCUAUCAAUCAAGGCUUUAAGACCACAAAAGGCAGCGGCAGCGAGUCUGGUAAUAAUCGCAUGGACGAUUCACGUCUUGUGUUGCGCAUACAUCGUGGUCGACCUUGCAGCACGCCACAGCGUACGCCACUCUCCGUACACUCAAUGUCCUCCACACUUAGUGUGAAUAGCAAUGGCGAUGAGGCAACAUUUCCACUGCAACACAACGCUUCCCAUUUCAAUACACCGAAACGUACUACUUCGAUGCGUGUCAAUCGACAGCGACAUGAAAAGAUUGCUAUUAAGGUAUCGUAUCCAUCAUCGGAGAACGUACUCGAAAUGCCCGCUUCAUUACCGACAUCACCACCGCCUUGUGCCAUGGUCACCACUGCCAGCAUUAAUCACAACAAAACACCAUUGCAUUAUAAUAGACGCGCUUCAUUCAAAUCAAGUCUUCUUGAAAUCGGCGAAACAACGUUCAACGUAGAUGCGGCUAAUGUGCACAACCAGCGCGAUAUAGAGUCAGCUACUCCAUCACCAAAGGACAAGAAGCGCGCUGGUAAGCGCAGCGUUAAAAUACAAGUUAAACGAUUUCGCAUGGAAACUAAAGCUGCAAAGACUUUGGCUAUUGUUGUUGGCGGUUUCAUAGUCUGCUGGCUACCCUUCUUUACCAUGUAUUUAAUUCGGGCUUUCUGCAAGGAGUGCAUUGGACCUACUGUGUUUUCAGUACUCUUUUGGCUUGGCUAUUGCAACUCCGCUAUAAAUCCAAUCGUAUACGCGCUAUUCUCAAAUGAAUUUCGCAUUGCUUUCAAGCGCAUUGUAUGUCGUUGUGUGUGUACACGCAGUGGCUUCCGUGCCUCCGAAAAUUUCCAAAUGAUAGCAGCACGUGCUUUAAUGGCACCGGCCACCUUCCAUAAAACUAUUUCGGGCUGCUCUGAUGACGGCGAUGGCGUAGAUUUUAGCUGACUAAUGUGUGACUUCGAUAGUCCACUACAGCGUACCAUUUCAGUGACCUCGCAAACGAGCAAAAAACGAACAAGUGAACGGCGAGGUGGCUUCUGUAAAGGACGAAAUAUAUAAAUAAAUAGACGCAGAGACCAGGAUAGUGAGCCAAUACUUAUAUGUAAUAAAUAUUUAUUUAAUCUCUUUGUAAAAAAUUACUUAAUUUUAUUAUUUAUAUCUUUUAUAUAUUUUCAUAGUUUUUUAUAUUUUUUAUAAAAGCUCUACUCUCAACACCUGACACAUGGGUCGGUCUGUGAGUGCGUUCAUAUUAUAGUUUUUAAGUUUCAUGUAAAGGUGUAUAUGUGUAAAUGGUAUAAAAAAGACCCACAUUAAAUACUCAUAAACUAUUAAAUUAUCUAUUUAAUAAUCUAUUAUUGUGUGUAUAAAACGAAAAACAAUUCUGCUGUCACUUUGAACUG